AUGAACCACAAUUACCAUGCACUCGACAUACCCGAUGCAAAAGGGAAUGAUCAUAAGGAGGAUAAAAACCAACACACGUUGGCUCUGGCUGUUGCUAUGACAGUUGCGGCUAAAGCAGCUGUUGCGGCUGCAAAUGCAGCCACAGAGCUUGCCAGGCUCGUAAGGUCUUCUGAAGACCUUGAAUGGAGAACCAAAAACGUCGCCGCCAUCAAGAUCCAAUCUUUUUAUCGUGCGCAUUUGGCAUGGAAAGCGUUGGUCGGGUUGAGGGGAGUACUGAAGCUUCAAGCCGUGAUUCGGGGCCAAAUCGUGAGGCGAAAAGUUUUAAACCGAAUGAACAACAUUCAACAAUUCGAAAAUGCACGAGCUAGAGUUCAUCGAAUACGGGUUCCCACAUUUGAUCAAGUUUCUAGGAUCUGUAAUGACAAAAAAGACCAUUUUACCCCUCACAAGGAGAGAAAAGACGAUCAGAUUCUUGAAAGUCCGACUACCAUAAGAAACCACCGUUUUGAUAGUCAAAUGUGUGAAAUGCAGAGGAAACUGGGUCUCGAGAAUAAACAUCACAACUCGCCAACUUCUCGAACCCAAAUGUCAUAUUACACAAAAAGACACUACCACUUAUCCCCUGAUCGAUCAGAUGACACUUCGUUACCGAAUUCUCCAAUUUUUCCAACGUACAUGGCCACAACGGAAUCUUUCAUGGCAAAGGCACGAUCGUUGAGCACCCCAAGACAACGACUAUCGUUUCUUGACAGUUGUUGUAACCAUAGUUCGUCUUUGGCUACGCCCAUGCUUUCUUCGUCAUCAUCGUUUAAUGAUGGCAUGAAAAGGAAUUAUAGGCACAUGCAUCUAUGA